AUGUCACAACACACUCAAACACCAGUGGAUAUCGAACAAACGAAUAGCUCGUCACCAGAUUAUAUCGAUGCGCAGACUGAUGAUGACGAGACUGUGUUGCUGAAUGUUGGUGGAUACAAGUAUGAGGUCAGACCAAGCACUCUCAGUCGCUUCCCAGACACUCUAUUGGGUAACAUGUUCCUGCCCACCAACAAGCAUCUGCGUCGUCCAGACAAGAAGGGCGAGUACUUCUUUGAUCGCAAUGGUCGUGUCUUUGAGAUCAUCCUCAACUUUUACAGGACUGGCAAGCUGGUGAUCCCCACCGAUGUGCCUCAAGAGUUGAUUCGCGAGGAGCUCCGCUUCUUCAAGAUCAGCAGCGACGACUCUGACAAUCAAGAGAAUGAAGAUGAGAAGAUUAUGAAGCAACCAAGAGAUCAAAUAUUCAACUAUGCCAACAGCUUGGUUCACAGUUCAUCAAGAUUUGAUAUAAAGAGAGGUCUCUACUUCUUGCAGAGACUCAGAGAGCUGGAUACAAACAGCUUCUUGUACAAGUAUUCAAUAGCCUUUGCUUAUUAUAGAUUGGGCAAGAACAAACAGGGAAUCGAGACGCUGGAGGAGAUCUUGGAGAAUGAUCCACACAACCCUCAGGCAAAAUCGUUGAUGGCCUUGUUUGGCGAUAGCCGUAUGACUAAUGCUACGAUCGGCCUGGCUGCCGUGUCAUUGCUGGUCGUCGGACUCUUUGGUCUCUGGAAGUUGAGACAGUGGUGGCGUGUGGCCGCUUCUGUGGCCUCGUCCACAACCAGCAGUGCUCUGCCAGCUGCCGCCACUGCCACUACGAUGGUGGCCGCAUCCACCAUCCCAGCCGUUACCUACGUUGCCGCUGCUGCACCAGCCGUCAUCCCAUCGGUUGUUUCAAACGCCGGCAAGAUCAUUGUUGAGGUUGCCAACAACGAGGCUGUCUUGUCCAACGCCUCCUCAACUACCGCUGCUGCCGCUGUCCCCAUCAUCCAGCAAGCAGCCACCACCGUCGCGCACACUGUCGCCUCUGGCACACCAGCCUCCACCACUGCAUUCCUGGAAGCCAUGAGCCAGUCCCUCCCAACACCAGAUCAAUUUAGACGAUAG